ACCUUUAAUGACUUUCUUAUGGCUAGUGUUGUUGUAAACAUUGUCUAACCCUAUAACAGCGAUGUUCAACCCAUUUAGUCAUGUAGGUGAUGUUGUUUAAAACAUUUGGCCUUUAAAACUAUUCAGUGUUGAUAUUCAAAGAUUUUGACUUCAUGGUAUAGCUAGAAUUCAUCAAGGAAUUUCAGUUGCAUUGAAAUAUUGCAUUGUACUUUCUUAUAAAAUAAUCAACUGUGUGCUGACCUGACUUCCUGCCACCUGAAAGCUUCUCGUGUGUACCAUGAUUAUCACAGCAUUCGUUGAUUUAUGGCAGUUUAUUAAAGCAUAUGUCACAGAAGACUUUUUAUCACUUGUAUUUCCCUCACGUCCCUUGGCAGCACUUACUAGAGAGAUGGCAUCCACCUUGUAGGAAAACACCACACCCCCAAUUAAUUACUCCACCCCCUCAUCUCCUAUAUGUUCCUCUGCUCCCCUCUAGCCCUCAGUGUUUUUUUCCUACCCAAGGGAUUACACUUUUUUUUUUUUUUUUACCUGGGAGCUUUUCAGAUGAUUGACCUCCAGAAAUGUGUAUGACCAGGGCGCCUUACAGAUGUUUGUGCCCCCUGCGUGGUGGUGGACUUACCCUUACGCAUUCCCUGUAGAAAUCAGGGCUGUAACUAGGUCGCCUAUCAAAUGAUUGUGCCUCCUGUGUGGUGUAGCUGGCGGCCGCUGUGCUCCUCUGUGUUCGGCAGGUGAGGGCACGAUGUGAUGACGUCAUCAGCGGCGCCGGUGGAACGCAUGCAGGCGUUGGAACGCAGACGCCGCGUCAUAUCCAGGGAAAGGAAUGCCUUUUUAAACCAGCUAGCAUGGCCGGGUUGUUGCCGCUCCCAGGGGUACUGCUGGUGGCCCGUGCUGGUCCCGUGCAUAGCGUUCCAUCUCUGCCACAAUGGCUGACACUGCUUUAGAAAAGGAAAAGGGAAAGACUAAAGAGAAGGCUAAAACUAAAGAACAUUUAUCUGAAUCUCCUAAGGGGAAGAAAGAGAUAAAGAAACCGACCUCCAUAUCUUGUUUUGGGUGUGAUAUAAAAUUUAACCCUGUGGAAGGUGAAAAAUUAUGCAAUACAUGUAAAGGGAAACUUAAAAACCCUGUCAAUUCCCCAGAAGGGGCUGAAGGACUAGUGUCCUGGAUGAAAGGAGCUAUGAUGCAGGCUUUUGAGUCUUUUAAGCAGCAGAAGCCAAAUAAAGAUGUAUUGCAAGCUGACAGUCCAUUUUAUGAGGAUUUUUCAUCUGAUACAUCAUUUGGGGAAGGUACCUCAAAGUUAAAAUAUGAAUCUGAGUCAGAGGAAGGAGAAAUUUCAGAAUCUGAAGCUAUUAAGAACAAAAUUAAAAGUCAGUGGUCUGUAUUAGAUAAGAAAUGGGCCCCACAAAAUAAAUUUUAUUCUCUUUUUCCCUUUGAGGUUGAGGACACAAAAUUUUGGGAUGUACCUCCAAAAUUGGAUCCUCCGGUAGCCCAAACUAUCAAAAGAACAACUUUACCGUUAGAAGACAGUACUGGUCUCAAGGACGCCAUGGAUAGAAAGGCGGAGGGGGCCCUAAGGAAAACCUAUCUGGCAGCAGCAGCAGGUUUCAAGCCGGCAAUAGCGGCGGCUUCAGUGGCAAGAUCCCUUAAGGCAGGGGUCAGGAACCUUUUUGGCUGAGAGAGCCAUAAACGCCACAUAUUUUAACAUGUUAUUCCGUGAGAGUCAUACAAUAUGUUUGGCUGCGGAUGCUACGGGGCAAGGUCGGGUGGGUCCGAAGGAUGCCGGAU